UAAAAAGAAAGAAUGGCGCCAGUCACUCACCGGCGAUUUCUUCCGUCUCCAAUCCACUCGUAAAACAUGGCCUUAGCUCAAGUCUCUGCCUCUCUCUCCUUCUCCAUCCACAAUUAUGAGGCGAUGAGCAUCACCAGAACGACGAACCCUAGUUUCCGGGUUCAUGCUCCAGGGCUUGGAGGAAUCCGCUCCACCUUCGCUUCUGGUUCUCCUCUCUUGCCGGUAAAUCUGAGAAUUCUUGGCGGAGGAAAACGCCGAAAUGGAGCAGCAUCCUUUUCGAUAAGGUGUGAGCAAAGCACUGAGGGCGGCAACAGUUUGGAUGUGUGGCUUGGACGCACUGCCAUGGUUGGCUUUGCUGUCGCUAUUACUGUUGAAAUUGCCACUGGCAAGGGACUCCUAGAGAAUUUCGGGGUGGUGUCCCCUUUGCCGACUGUGGCCUUGGCACUCACGGGAUUGAUCGGCAUUCUAACUGCCGUGUUCAUUUUCCAAUCUGGUUCUAAAAACUAAUAAGCCCCUCUGUUGUUUAUGAUUCUGCGACUAAGCAUCCUUGUAUCAACAUUUUUCUGCUAUUUGUAGGCUUUUCAUCAUCAGUAAAUGUCAAGAAAUUCAUAUUCACGAGUA